AUGACUUCUUCACCUUCAAGCUCCACAGCCGACAACUCUCCGCCGCAGACGGCGGCGGGGAAGAAACGGAAGGCUGGCCGGAAAAAGUUUCAGGAGACACGCCACCCGAUUUUCAAAGGAGUCCGCCAGAGAAAUGGGAAGUGGGUAUGCGAGCUCCGGCGGCCGAACAAUAAAAAGUCAAGCUUUUGGGUUGGGACCUUCACAAGCCCGAAAAUGGCGGCCGUCGCGUACGACGUUGCUGCAUUGGCUCUUAAAGGCGAGUCCGCGUCGCUCAAUUUUCCCGAGUUGGCUCACUCGUUCCCGCGAGCUACAUCAUCGUCAGCCUCCAUAAAUCAUAUACGUACGAUGGCGGUUGAGGCUGCGGAGGCGGUUUCAUCGGAUGGCAUAUUGUCGAUUCCGUCUAAUCUAUCAUCGUCGUUGUCGUUGUGUUCCUCUUCAGUGUCGGGGGAGAAGGUGGUGCCGGAAGGCUCUUCAAAGAGGUUGUUUAUUGACGAGGAGGAGUUGUUUAACAUGCCGGCGAUUAUUGCCGGCAUGGCGGAGGGACUGAUUUUGACACCGCCGGGAAUGAAGAGGGGUUUCAAUUGGGAAGAGUGUGAGAAUACGACGGAAUUGUCGCUGUGGAGUGACGAGUGAGGCCAAAAUUAUUAGAGGUUGGAAUAAUGUGGCGGGU